CAAUUGGCGGCCGCCAUGCUGGGCCGGCGGCCAACGGUCCAAUCACAGGCGGCCUCUGAAGGUCCUGAUCAUGUGAGCGAGCAAGAUGGCGGCGCCCACGGGGAGGACGUGAGGUGGGAGGAGCCAUGUUGUAGGCGGCGGGAGCGGCUCGGUGAGGGCGGCGGGGCCGUGUCCGUCUGUACGGCUCAAGGUUUGGGGACCCUCCUCGGGCGGCCUGAAGCGCUCCCGGUGACAUCCUGCCGCUUCCUCGGCUCCUGCCAAGCCCGAACCGAACAGAACUUCAAGAUGACAGGAAGAGAGUUUCUUGAACUGGAUUCUCCACAGAAAAGACUAAUUCUGGAAAGAUUUAAGCGGAUGGAAAUCAUACAAAAGAUGUUCAAUGAGCUUCCUAAAGCAGAUCAGAACCUCUGUAAUCAUGGACAAUACUUCCUAGCAGCAAAUUCAAGCUUAUGUGGCUUAGCAGCAAAUAAUUUCUUCAGGAGCAUCCUACAUGUCAGGAAGGCUUCCCUGGUGUCUGCUAUGCCAAUGGCUGUUAUUCCAUUUCUUUCAACGGCAGCAAUUUAUGAAACUUUUGUGCAUGACCCUUUAUUUUCAGGUCAGCUGAACUGCGAGGUCUGUGCUGUGAUCAGAGGAGGAUUAGUAGGUGCUGUUGUGGGUGGUUUCUAUCCCAUUUUCCUGGCUAUCCCCUUGAACGCAAGCCUUGCAGCCAGGUAUAUGUCAACUCCCUUGCCAGGGAAAGAAAAUCUGUUGCGCUACUGGCUCACAACUUCUCAGCCUGUCUUUAGAAAGAUGAGUCUGGGUAUACUGGUACAGGCUCUGACUGGAUUAUAUCUUGCCACCAAACAGCACGGAAUAUAUAUCAAAAUGCUACUGCAGAUGAACAGUAGCAGGGAUCCUGAAGAGCUACCUGAAUGAAGUAAAGCAACUUCUCAAUUGCCUUGGAUAAGUAACCAUAAUAAACAAGAAAGAGAAGUGUUGCUGUGUAUUUUUAGUACAAAAA